CGCUGCUGCUGCCGCCGCCACCGCCGGCAGCAGCGCCGUUUCUUCUGGGUCGGAGCUGCCCCGGCGUGCUGACAUCAUCUUGCACGAGAUCUUUGGCACAGACCCGCUGUCAGAGCACAUCCUGCCCUCCCUGGCGCAGGUCCAGGAGGACUUGGCGGCUGCUGAUGCGGCCUACGUGCCCUCCGCCUUCCGUAUCGUGGCGGCCUUAGCGCACAGCGCACAACUGGAGGCUCGCAUGCGCACCGUUCACCCGCCGCUGCCGCUGCCGCUGCCUAGGGAGCAACAGCAGCAGCAGCAGGAGGGUACUGCAG